UCCUUCAUCUGCUCUCGAAAUACACGCUGCGAACACCCCCUGGCGAACAAUGGCUCAACCACGCACAACGCUAGGCUCUCUACCGACAAGAGGAGCGACAGCCGCAGCUCCAGCAUCCCACGGCAGCCAGACCAUUCUCCAGACUGAACACAACCCCGAGACUCCAUCAGCAACGCUCCGUCUUCGCGGAGAACCCUCAGAAGGUCGGCGCAUCCAAUGGGCAGAGGAUGUCAUUGACAACGAGCAUAUGGGCAAGAAGUCGUCAAAAGUCUGCUGUAUUUACCAUGGACCCCACGAGCCUGGCGAUAGCAGUUCCGAUUCGAGCUCGUCAGACAGCGACUCUGAACCGGAUCUGAGCAAGGCGAAGAAAGCGGGUGGGAGUGGGAAGAAGGGCCGUGGCAGAAAGCAUGAUCAUGACGAUAAGGACGGCAAAGAUGGCGGCGAAGGAAGUGGAAAGGGAAAGGAGAGGAGGCCAAGUCCCAAUGCCUACGAGAGGCAACCGAAGCCAAAGGCGAAGAAGGAGGGUUGAAAUAUGUUGGCGACGCAUUUGACCGGCACAAUGCAUACUACACGCCUCUGGAAUACCAGCAUCACGGCUUUCUGGUACCAUGGAUGCAUACUACAGCCACUGCAAAGACAAUGCCCAGAGACAGGAGCUCGAGCGAACAAAAAUGCCAGCCAUCUUGGAGAGCGAC